AUGGACAGGUCCAAUCAGACCUCCCCAGGGUUGGGGUUCAUUCUCCUAGGCCUCUCUGCCCACCCAAAGCUGGUGAGUACAUUCUUUGUGCUCAUCCUGCUGAUGUACCUGGUGAUCCUGAUGGGCAACGGGGUCCUCAUCCUGGUGACCAUCUCUGACUCCCACCUGCACACACCCAUGUACUUCUUCCUGGGGAACCUCUCCUUCCUGGACAUCUGCUACACAACCUCCUCAGUUCCCCUCAUUCUUGACAGCUUCCUGACUCCCAGGAAAACCAUCCCCUUCUCAGCCUGUGCUGUGCAGAUGUUUCUCUCCUUUGCCAUGGGAGCCACGGAGUGUGUGCUUCUGGGCAUGAUGGCGUUCGAUCGCUAUGUGGCCAUCUGCAAACCCCUUAGGUAUCCUGAGAUCAUGAGCAAGUCUGCCUACGUGCCUAUGGCUGCCGGCUCCUGGGUAGCUGGAAGCUCCACUGCCAUGGUACAGACAUCCCUAGCAAUGCGACUGCCCUUCUGCGGGGACAACAUCAUCAAUCACUUCACCUGUGAGAUCCUGGCUGUCCUGAAGUUGGCCUGUGCUGACAUCUCCAUCAAUGUGAUCAGUAUGACAGUGGCCAACGUGAUCUUCCUAGGCAUCCCAGUCCUGUUCAUCUCUUUCUCCUAUGUGUUCAUCAUUGCUACCAUCCUGAGGAUCCCCUCGGCUGAGGGGAGGAGAAAGGCCUUCUCUACCUGCUCUGCCCACCUCACAGUCGUGGUCGUCUUCUAUGGGACCAUCCUCUUCAUGUACGGGAAACCCAAAUCCAAAGACCCUCUGGGGGCAGACAAACAGGACCUUUCAGACAAGUUCAUCUCCCUCUUCUAUGGGGUGGUGACCCCCAUGCUCAACCCCAUCAUCUACAGCCUGAGGAACAAGGACGUGAAAGCCGCUGUAAAGAACCUGAUAUUUCGCAAACAUUUCGCCCAGUGA